GAAACUGCAGGAAGUGAGGGAAAGUGCAAAGAAAAGGGAAAAAGAAAAAAAAAAAGGCCGCGAGAGGCGGCGCGCGGCAGCGCCCCGGGGCCUGCGGGCUGGCCCGGGGCACAAGGGCGUCGCGCGGGCGCGGUGCCCGUCCUGGCCUGUGCCCGCCCUCGCCGCCGUCGGAGCCGCAACAUGGCGCUGCCAGGCCGCCUCUGCGGGGCGCGGGGCCGCGGGUGGACGCGGUUUUUCAGUCAUGGAACUCAAAUAUUAUACCAAAGCUCUGAAGCUUCUCAGUCCAAGUUCUUUCCACCCCUCCAAAAAGUCAUGCUGCCACCGAACAGUUUUCAAGGCAAAGUGGCCUUCAUUACGGGGGGCGGCACUGGCCUCGGGAGAGGAAUGACCACCGUCCUGUCCAGCUUAGGCGCACACUGUGUGAUAGCCAGCCGGAAGAUUGAUGUUUUGAAAGCUACAGCAGAACAAAUUUCUUCCCAAACUGGAAAUAAGGUUCAUGCUAUUCAGUGUGAUGUGAGGGAUCCUGAGAUGGUUCAGAACACCGUGUCAGAAAUGAUCAAAGUUGCCGGGCAUCCUGAUGUCGUGAUAAAUAAUGCAGCAGGAAAUUUUAUUUCUCCCACGGAAAGACUCACUCCUAAUGGCUGGAGGACCAUAACUGACAUAGUUCUAAAUGGCACUGCCUUUGUGACGUUAGAAAUCGGAAAACAGCUAAUCAAAGCACAGAAAGGAGCAGCGUUUCUUGCUAUCACAACUAUCUAUGCCGAGUCUGGAUCAGGCUUUGUAGUGCCCAGUGCUUCUGCCAAAGCAGGUGUCGAAGCCCUGAACAAGUCUCUUGCUGCUGAAUGGGGUAAAUAUGGAAUGCGAUUCAAUGUGAUUCAACCAGGACCUAUAAAAACAAAAGGUGCAUUUAGCCGUCUUGACCCAACUGGACAAUUUGAGAAAGAAAUGAUUGAGAGAAUUCCCUGUGGUCGACUAGGAACUGUGGAAGAACUUGCAAAUCUUGCCGCGUUCCUUUGUAGUGAUUAUGCUUCUUGGAUUAACGGAGCAGUCAUUAGAUUUGAUGGUGGAGAGGAAGUAUCUAUUUCUGGAGAGUUUAACAGUUUGAGAAAGGUAACCAAGGAACAGUGGGAUGCAAUAGAGGGACUCAUCAGGAAAACAAAAGGUUCCUAAGACCUUUAUGACUUUCUUCUUCGAUACAGUGGAAGUGAUAUGCACUGUUUAUACUCUUUUGACUAUAUUCAAAACUAAUAAAUCAUUAAUUAACAUUU